AGGGACACUGAGCUAUUUCAUGGGCAAGGGCGAAAACAGCUAAAGCGCAGAAAUGCAGAAACAAGCAAAAUAGCCAGCCAGCCAGCCAGCCAGCAAGCAAAGGAGCUAGCUAGCUAUGUGGUCAGAGAGAAAGGGAGAGACGACAAGACGAGACUGAAAAAUGGUUCGAUGAUCAACGCUGCAAUCAACUUCUCUUCGAAGAUAACUAACAUUGGUUUUGAUAGCAAUCCGAUUGUUCUUUGAAUGUAAAAAGAGACACUUGAUGUGAAAUCGGACAGGGCUGUCCUGAAGCAAAGAUAAAAGGCAAAAAGUUCAACUCCGCUUCUGAGACGAAGGACAUGUCUAGUUAACCCUGUACGUGUCAAGCCUGUCGUCCCCUUGUUGUAGCUGAUAGUUAAUGCGCUGGGUUUCUCUGCAAAAUGCCCGUGUCAUGAUGCCGUCGCUGAGUCUCACCCUGCGUCCAGGUGACGAGGGAGGGCGUGUCGAGCCGUCGGCCAAUCACAGCAGGUGCUUUAGGAGAGUCAGUUCCUGUUUAUGUUCAUCAGUACUUCCUCUCAGAACCCUCCCGCCUCACUGACGUCCUGCCCCCUCGGCGGUAGGUAGUUCCUGUAUCCAUCUCUUCCAUCACUUCCUCUUCCUCCUGAAGCCCCGCCCCUUCCUGUGUGGCUGUGUGGGGAUGCUGGUGCUAGCUGGCACUGGUCGGAACCAUGGUGAUAGAAAGGUAACCGUGGUAGGAGGAGUCUGUGGGCACAGCUUCCUGAUGUUGUGCCAGGUGCUGACGGGACAGGAAGGCACCAUCGAACAAGGACGGGCACAGAGGUGCUGUGCAACUCUGCUUCCUGGUUUACACUGAUGACAUCACAACAGGAAGUAUAGGACCUCUCUUCCUGUAGAACGUCAAUCUCCGCCUCCUUGCACUUUUUAGAACUUCCUGUUGCUGCUACUUGAUUUCCUGUUGCACGAAGUCUCUCAGACACUUUAAGGCUCUGAACUCCAACCUCUGACCCCAAGCAGCAAUGAGGCACAUUCACGUAAAACUGACACGCGGCAGUAAGGAGGAGCUGGCUCCUGUGGAGCUUCCAUCCCAGGAGGGGGACCUGCCUCCUCCCGCGGCCCCCUCACAGGGACCCGACCUUGGGGUUAUGAGACCGGGGGUGGGGGUUCCCAGGCCCUUUGAUCAUGAAGAGCUGCGUCUCCAGAAGGUCUACCAGCUCUCCAUCUUCUCCCAGCUGGGGGGGUUCUCAGCCUCCGACCUCCCCAGGACCAGUGAGGUCCAGCCAGGGCAGGUCCAGCGGACUGACAGGGUGGGGGUCAAGAGGGGACUGGAGGAGUCCCAUCUAACCCACAAAUGGCCCCACCUGGCUGGGGACCCAGACAGAGAAAGGGACGCACUGGAUGGAGGGGUGCUGUCAGGGUCAGGACCUGGGGUAGGGGUGGGUGUUGGGAUGGGGAUGGGGGUAGGACAGGGGCCCAUAUCCUCCUGCACCAUGGUGGAUCACAGAGACUCAGAUGGGGGCCUGUCGCCUAGAUCCCCCCCACCUGCCCCCCUCUCUCCGGGCCACACCCCCGCCCGACGCCCCGCCCAGCACAACCACGACAGGCCCGUCCCGGACCUGUGGGCCUCGCUGUUGCCCAAAUCAUCCCCCAUGGUCGAGCCCCACAGCCCGCCUGGCUCCCGUAGCCCUUUACCCAGCACAGAGCCUCCUCCUGGGGGAGAUGCGCCAGCCUGCUCCCUGGGCGAUCAUGGAGGGUCUGGGGAGGGCUGCAGUAGUGGCUCCUCAUUGGGACAGCAUCACCACAACUGCUGCACUGACGGCUCCUACGGGGCCCUCGGGCCUCCUGCAGGACCUCCCCUCGGACCUCCAGGCUCCCUCUCCCACUGCUUCCCUCUCAUUACAGACCCCCAGGAGCCCGGGGAGGGCAGGGAGUGGGGGGUCGAACUGGAGUCCUCCCCGCCCCAUCCUAGUGCCACCGCCUUCACCUCCACCAACGGCCUGGGCUCCCUGGAGAAGACCCCCAGCACCAGCGGCCUCCGUGGGGUCUUUUCGGGCCCCUGCCCGGCCAAGAAGAAACUCCUAUCAUCCAGCGACACGGGAGAGUCGUGUUCGGAGGACGAGGGCCCCUCCACCUCUAAGAGGAGCCGUCUGGCCCUGCUGGCCCCGGGGUUAGGGCUGGCCUCCUGCAGGGGCACCGACGCCAAGGCUGCCCCCUUCUGGAACCACCUGCUGCCCAACGCAUGGGACCCGGACCACCCCAAGAGUGUAUCAGAAAUCAGCAGAGCCAGCAGGAGGCUGAAAAGUGGGAUGCGCCUGAAAAGUCGACAGCUGCGUAGUGGUCGGCGUACAGACACCUCGGGUCACACUGCUCGGUCAGGCUGGCCCUCUUCUUCCAUCAGCCGGUCACUACUGGGUAACUUUGAGGAGUCGAUCCUGAAGGGUCGUUUCUCUCCGUCGGGUCGUAUCGAGGGUUUCACAGCAGAGAUUGGUGCCAGCGGAUCCUACUGUCCUCAACAUGCCACUCUGCCUGUACACGUCACUUACUACGACAUCUCAGAGCACAGCGCACCCUCACCCUUCCUGGGGGUUAUCUCCUUGGAGGCUUUAGGAAAGAAGGGAUACAGCGUACCCAAAGCAGGGACCAUCCAAGUGACCUUAUUCAACCCCAAUAAAACUGUGGUGAAGAUGUUCCUCGUGACCUAUAACUUUGGGGACAUGCCCGUUAAUCACAUGACCUUCCUGCGUCACCGCAUCUUCCUGGUUCCCGUUGAGGAGGCGGUGCCAGAGGAGAAGGGGAAUGGGCCUCCAGAGCCCAGGGCCACGCCCACAGAGAGGAGGAAGAUUCUCUGCUACCUGAUACACCUCAGAUUCCAGAGCUCUAAAUCUGGGAAGAUCUACUUGCACAACGAUAUCCGGCUGCUAUUCUCCCGAAAGUCCAUCGAGGUGGACACAGGGAUCCCUUACGAGCUCAAAUCUUUCACAGAGGUGCCAAAAAAUCCCAAAUACUCCCCCCGCGUGUGAGCCUAUGAUGAACCCGCGACCCCUGACCCCAUCGCCAACGCAGCCCAUUCCUGGAACUGGGCACAGAGAGAUAAACACACAGACAUGGACGAGAAAACUUGAAAAGAUUAUUAAUUCAAACACACACACACACUGAGUAUACAAAACAUUAAGGACACCUUCCUAAUAUUGAGUUGGACCCCCCCUU